AACAUUUUAUGUGAAUAUUUAAAAACUUAUUUGACGUUUCCACUUUGUAUAUCAUAUUAAGGCAAUCAUUCAUUGAAUCGAUUUUCUAUCACCAGUUGAACCACAGAAGCAAACACUAGACACUAGGGGUUGGUUGGGUUGGGCUUACAUUCAAAUGCUUUGAAUCACACUUAGAGUAGAUUUGAAAGACAUAACAACUGAAUUGAUUUAGAAAUUUGUUUUUUUCUUGAAAUUUUCUCAACAGAAAAGUUGGUGUCAAUUGUUUUGUUACCCAUUGAUUACAAGCCGUGAUGUCAGCCAUACAGUCAUAUGUAUCGGUUGUGAUACUAUUUAUAAUAAAUUUGCUCAAUUAUAUGGAUAGACUGACCAUCGCUGGUGUAUUAAACCAAAUUGAAUCAUAUUAUGGUUUAAAUCACAGUCAAUCUGGUUUAUUACAGACUGCUUUCAUAUUCUCAUAUAUGAUAUUUGCGCCAAUAUUUGGUUAUUUAGGCGAUCGAUAUUCACGUAAAUGGAUUAUGAUAUUUGGUAUCAUAUUAUGGAGUUUAGCAACAUUUUUAGGAUCAUUUGUGCCCAGUUCCUCACCAGGGUUAUUUUUUAUAUUAAGAGCACUGGUAGGAAUAGGAGAAGCAAGUUAUUCAACGAUUGCGCCCACAAUUAUUGCUGAUUUGUUUGCACCCGAAGUUUGGUCAAAGAUGUUGGGAUUCUUUUAUUUUGCAAUACCUGUUGGUUCUGGUUUUGGUUAUAUUGUCGGCUCAGCCGUAGCCGAGAAAACAGGCAAUUGGAAGGACGCUCUGAGAGUGACCCCUCCCUUAGGCAUUGUCUGUGCUUUUAUGAUCUACUUUUUGGUUAGAGAACCGCAAAGAGGAGAAUCUGAAGGCAUUAAAGAAACACAAAUAAAUACUUCAAUUAAAAAGGAUUUAAAAUAUUUAAUAACUGUUCGCUCAUAUAUUUGGGGCACUAUAGGCUUCACUUGUGUAUGUUUUGCUGUGGGUGCCCUUUCCUGGUGGGCGCCCACUUAUAUGAAGUAUGCUUAUGAUGUAACCAAAAAUCCUAAAUCUGAUGAUUGGAUUGGACUUAUAUUUGGUGUGAUUGCAUGUAUUGGAGGUAUACUCGGUGUUAUUAUAGGAGUGGGAUUUUCUCAAUAUUUCAAACAAUUUAACAAUUUUGGUGAUCCUAUCAUUUGUGGUGUUGGCGUUUUGGCUGCCGUUCCCAUAAUUGUGUUGUCCUUAGCUUUGGCUCAUAAAUCAAGUGUUGUGUUUUGGCUCUUAAUAUUUAUUGGCAUAACAUUGUUGAGUACCAACUGGUCAAUAGUGGCCGAUAUGUUGCUGUAUGUGAUAACACCAACGAGACGUUCAUUUGCACAAUCGCUACAAAUACUGACCUCACAUUUGUUUGGUGACGCCAGCAGUCCAUUCAUUAUUGGACUCAUCGCCGAUUCGGUUAAAUCAAACAAUUGGGAGGACAGCAACUUCUGGAGUCUUCAAUAUUCAUUAUAUCUAACACCAGGUAUACUAAUAUUUGGAGGUUUGGCCUUCUUAUACACGGCUAUGUUCAUCGUCAGUGACAAAGAAAAUUGUAAAAUACAGACACAAGAAAUGGCGAGAAAACAAGUUCUCGAUGACAACCAAUUAGCCAUACCUUUGGAGAACUGCGACAAUACUAAUGGCAUUUAACUGUUCGCCGGUUUUUAAAUAUUUAUUAUAUAUUUUA